AUGCCUGAGGGACGACCGUCGCCAUUGAUCCGGGCUCCCAGCCAGCAAUUGGGCCCAGACUACAGACCGACGGAAGAGAAGCCCACUGCGACGGUAUCCACGGCGCCGAAGAUCAACAACCUGCACAUUUUGAAUCAAUCGCCUCAAUUGAUCGCACUCCUCACCAUGAUCCGCGACAAACACACCGGCCGCGCCGACUUCAUCUUCCACAGCAACCGCAUCAGCCGGCUCCUCGUCGAAGAAGCCCUCAACCACCUGCCCGUGCUGCCGCACAACGUCCACACGCCCGUGGCCGGCCGCACCUACGCGGGCGUGAAAUUCGAAGGCAAGAUCUGCGGCGUCUCCAUCAUGCGCGCCGGCGAAGCCAUGGAGCAGGCCCUGCGGGAGUGCUGUCGGAGCGUGCGCAUCGGGAAGAUUCUCAUUCAGAGGGAUGAGGAGACGAGUAUGCCGAGGCUGUUUUAUGAUAAGUUGCCUGAGGAUAUUAAGGAGAGAUGGGUGUUGUUGUUGGAUCCGAUGCUUGCUACUGGCGGCUCAGCUCUCAUGGCCGUCGACGUGCUCCGCUCAAAGGGUGUUCCCGAAGACCAUAUCCUCUUCCUGAACCUGAUCGCCUCGCCAGAAGGUGUACAGAACUUCGCGGACAAGUUCCCCAAAGUCCGUGUGGUGACGGCGUUCGUGGACGAGGGUCUCAACGACAAGAACUACAUCGUCCCAGGUCUUGGCGACUUCGGCGAUCGAUUCUUCACUCUGUAA